CUCUGUGUGUGUGUGCACUACGGUCAGGGACACGGCUCUCAGAGAGGCUCCACAGGCACAGCUCCCACGGCAACCGGACACCAGGAGCUCCAUGACAGAAUUCCCUCUGACGAUUUCAAUAUAGAGCCCAAAAGGUGGAGGUCGGUGGCUCACGCUCUGCUGAGGACCGGGGUCCCUGGAGGCCGGGUGUGUUGCCUGAGUGGGAGCCACUCAGCCUUGCAGUGCUCCACGCCAUUCAGCAGCUCAGCAUGGGCCCAGGGAUCCUGAAGGUGGAAGCUUUGGAUGAGGGCCAUUUGGUGUGUGUGAAGUGGGAGGAUGGAAGUGAGAGCAGCUACCCCUGCGUCUGGCUGAGGGACAACUGCCAGUGUCCCCAGUGCUUCCUGCCCUCCGCCGGAGCACGCAGGCUGCUCUUCGAGGACCUGGAUGUCAACAUCGUGCUGAAGAAGGUUGCUCUGGCAGAUCCAAGGAAGAUCUCUAUUACGUGGCCUGACGAACACACAAGUGAAUAUGAAGCUGAGUGGUUGAAAAAACGAUGUUUCUCUGAAGAAGCCAGAGCUGUAAUGCGAGCAGAUUUAUUUUUACCAG